GGGGCCUGUUUGUCUGUAAGGGUCUGCCCCUGUGUGGUUGUGUGUGCAGAGAUACUUGGUAAACUCUCUCUCUUGAAGACAAAAAAACCUCCCCAGCUGAGUAAUAUGAAGUAAUCAAGACCUGCCCCUUCCCCCUGCAGGGUGGGAAAGGAGUGGGGGUUGCCUGCCUUGCACUGGUUUGGUCAGACAAAGCGUGGGUAGAGGGGAGUCACCCGACGGGUGUGAAUCCAGUGGAGGGCGGAAGCGGGCUGGGGGGGGGCUUCUUGCGUCAGUGAGGGAUCGCAGGAGGAGAACGGAGGGAGAAAGUGGAGGGGCGAGAGGAGAGAACGGGGAUUGAGCGGAGUGUGUGUCUGUGCGGGGUGGGGGGGACGUCUCUGCACCGCGCGGUCCGCUCUAGGGCGUCGCCAGUCCCCAGCCAGGCGCGGGGCGCUCCAGCCUCGCCUGCCCUGCCGGCCGCCAUGGGGCUGCGCCCGGGACCCCUCGCGCCCCUGGGCUGGGCACUGGCGCUCCUCCUGUCGCUGGACGCCGGGCUCAGCGAGGCCACCCCGCACUUGAGGUACAACCGGCCGGGCGCCAGGAGCAAGAACUGGUGUGCCUACAUAGUGAACAAGAACGUGAGCUGCUCGGUGCUGGAUGGAACUGAGCGGUUUAUUCAGGCUCAGUACAAAUGUGCCUGGAACCAGUUUCCCUGUCAACCAACCCCAGUCUACCGUAUGAGUUUCAGACCUCGAUAUACAAUUGCUUAUAAGACAGUAACAGAACUGGAGUGGAGAUGUUGUCCUGGUUAUAAAGGUGCAGAUUGCAGAGAAGGCUCAGCAGAACAACCAAGAACCAUCCUGUUUCCCACUCCACCACCACGAACUGGUGUGAAGAAAGUCUUGGACUCAGAACCAACAGAAAUGCCCUGGGAAUCACCUGGGAAGAAAAUUCAAUUCCUUGAGGAUGAAUUGUUUCGACUUACGCAGACAGUGCUUGAUCUUCAAUCCUCCUUAGCAGGUGUGAAUGAAAACCUGAAACUUACUGUCCAAGAAGAUGCCAGUAAAAUGUUGGUCUCGUGGCUGAACAACCUUCAUGAUCACCCAGGGCCUGAUAGUGUCCUGGGUGGUGAAACAGACAGUAUUCAUCUGCCUGGAAUCCUUGGCAAUAAAGACCAGAAAGAGCCUUUUACUGAUUUUGGAAUGGAAGACAUAAAGUCUGAACUAGCUGAGGUCAAAAAUACCUUGAAGACAAAAAAUGACAAGCUGGAAGAACUGAAUGGGAAAGUGAAAAGCUAUGAAGGGCAAUUAAAACAACUGCAGGAAGCAGUACGAGGACCUACAAUAACAAUACCGAGUGGUGAUUUAUAUCAGGAAUAUCUAGAUUCUAAAAUUGAGGCCCUGAGACAAGAAAUGCUGGAAGGAUUGGAGAAGAAAAUGGCAGAUCUGAAAAACUCAUGUGAAUACAAACUAAUGGAUAUCCAGCAACAAUGUGAUGACCAUGAAACCAGCUGUUCAGAAAUAAUACAACUUGUAGAAGAAAAAGAAAAUGGCCUAAGGAAAGAAAUAAACGAGCUCAGAACUCGGAUCCAGGCUCCUUCAAACCAGUCAGAUUGCUGCAAGACCAGCCACAGUGAUGACUUUGGUCAACAGAUAAAGAAUUUGGAUGAGAAACUUGACAGAGUUGUGGAAGCACACAGAAUCUUAAAUGCCAGAAUAGAUAAUGAAAUCAUUCACAUGUCCACUCCAAAUCUAGAAGACAUCUUUGGCCCAAGAUGGGAGGAGCUAGACGCUAGAAUUAAUAUUACAGAGAGGAAUGCUGAAGAACAUUGUUUUUACAUUGAGGAAACUCUCCGAGGUGCUAUAGCUGCUGAAGUGGAUGAAGUCAGAGACUUACUUGAUCAAAAACUACAGGCACUGGAAGACAGGCUGGGUGGCACUAUUUUAGAAAUUGCCAAUGCCACAGCCUCAGAUGGACUAUCAAUUAGUUCAGGAUCAGUCUUGCACAGUGACCCAGGAUCUGGAAAUGAGCAGCUUACAACUGAGAUGAAUCUCCUGAGGAACAAACUGCAAGCCAUUGAACACCUUUGCUGGCAGAAAUGCCAAUCUGCACCCCUAGAUAUGGAAGACCUUCAGAAAAGCAUAGAAAAUGGUAGCAACAAAUAUGAAUACUUGCUUUUGAAAGUAGAAGACAACUCUUCUCUUUUGAAGUCUUUAAAUGGUUCCCUUAAUGAGAAAUUUAACUUUACUAAGAGCAACCAACAGAACAUCCAGAAGGAUCUGCGUAGACUUUGGUAUGGUCUAAACAUCAUCGAUAAAGAUGUGAAAAAUCUUCAGGUUGGCUUGAGCAGCUGCAAGGAGCAACUUCUGGGUGUCAAUUCUACAUGUGAAAAGAUCCAGCGAGGUGUAUUCAGAAAAAUAGAUGAAAUACGAAGAACAGUUGUGAAUCAAACCUCUCACCCAAAUAAUUGCUGUAAUGAGGUGAAGGAGAGGAUGGAACAGCUAAAGUACCAAAUCUUUAAUGACCUCAGGAAAUGUAAAGAGAACACUGAUGGUAUCCAAGAGGGAGUCUCGGAUGUGGAUAGCAGACUGUCCCAUGUUGAAAAAGUCUGCAGCAAAAUGGAUUCCAUCUCAGGUAGCCUGCAGCGAAUAAAAGAAGGUCUGAACAAGCAUGUCACUAGCUUAUGGAACUGCAUCAAUCAGAUGAAUGGAACCAUGACAUCUCAUUCCAAAGACAUUUCUGGCCUCAAAAAUUCUGUCCAACAGUUCCACAAGCAGGUCACCAAAAUCACCACUGACCUUCAGGAGCUGAUGAAAAUUCAGUCUGGGGCACCUGAAAAUCAACCAAGAGUACCACUGCAGAUACCACAAGAAAGAACUCCUCUGCAGCCCCCACAGCCAAGAACACCCCUGCAGCCCCCACAGCCAAGAAUAGUAAUACAGCCACCACAACAAGGAGCCCCUCUUCAGCCAUCACAACCAAGAACUCCACUACAACCAUCAUUACCAGGUUCAUCCACUUUACCACUGUUGCCUGGAUCAACUGGGAUCAUUAUGGAGACUGGACAGGCUGGUCCUCCUGGCACAGUUGUAAUGUCAGGAAGUGGACGGCCUAAAGGCAUAGAUGGUCAGUAUACCAUGCCCAUAGCUGAAGGAUAUGCAGGAGCACCAGGGUAUCCAAAAUCUUCUCCACCUUCUACAGACUCGCAAGGACCUACUGCUGCUGCCACCUCUCUGGUGUCUUUUUCGGCUGGUCUUACCCAGAAGCCCUUUCCCAGUGACGCGGGCGUGGUCCAUUUUAACAAAGUGCUUGUGAAUGAUGGAGACUAUUAUAAUCCUAACACAGGCAUCUUCACAUCUCCUUAUGAAGGGCGCUAUCUGAUCACCGCUGUCCUUGCUCCUGAAAGGGAUGAGUACGUAGAAGCAGUGCUGUCUGUCGCCAAUGCAAGCGUUGCUCAGCUUCACACAGCUGGCUAUAGAAGAGAACUGCUUGAGUAUCACAAACCACGAUCAAGGAAACGAACCUGUGGUGGUGCUGGAACAUUCCAUCUCGUUCUUCACCUGAAAGCAGGAGAUGAAGUAAACAUCGUAGUUACUGGGGGCAAGCUGGCCUACUCUGACUCUGAUGAAAUGUACUCCACAUUUAGUGGAGUUCUUCUUUAUCCUUCCAUUGCUCAUGUCUAGAUUCCUCAUGAAAAGAAGGGUGCAGAACAGUGUUCCCACACCAGAGCUGAGGAAAGAGACUCUUGAUUCAGAGAGGGCAAUCUGACAAACUUCAGUAAUGAUACAGCCUUGGAUAGGCCUGCUUUUUCAAGGUAAAAAAUUGCACUGAGUGCAUACCUUUUUGGAACUUGUGUUCUUUCCAAACCCAGCAGCACCACAGCUAGUCUUUCUGUCAACUUCUUCCAUUGCCAUGGGUGCUCCGAGACAUUAGGAGAUGCAAAGUCUAACAAAGGGUCUACGCACACUGAACUACAGGGUUUGCCAUUCUAGUCCAGAUGUUUGUCCAUCUUGUCUGGAAUCCUGUAUCUAGAAGGGGGACAGAUUAUUUCUGCCACUUUCAGUAAAUAUUGUUGGCAAUCCCAUGUUUAAUGCUACUUGUGGCCAUGUAAGAGACAGCAAAUCUGUUACUUUAAGUUGCCACAUAUGCUAUCCCCAGGCAGAUAGUGGGUAGAGUACAGCAGGAAGUGGCACCAUAUGUGCUGUAGCAGAGCCCCCACUCCAGUAGUUUUGAGGUGGUCUGGGGGCCCAGCUAUAGAGCUCUGUACAAGAGGAAAUUGUGUUUGAUGUUUAAGUGGUGGGAAGGGCACACAUUAUUCAUUUAUACUGCGAAGAGUCAAAGGCACAACUAUUUGUCUAGUGAGUAUUUCUGUACACAAUGCACUACUGUCCCAUAUUAAAGUUACUGAAUCAGAUGGAUUAUCAUGAAUAGAGUAAAAAAGCUGGUUGGAUAAAAGUAACUCAUAGGAAAUAGCAAGUGACUAGAACAAGUAAACUUCCCUAGUAGACUGUAAGUGACACGUGAUCUAUAUUAGUACCUCACAUUUACUUUUAUCAGUACAGGUAACAGAAUUGAAUAAUAUCAGCAACCUUACAGUAACUGUGUAUCAUUAAUCAGCCCCUGGAAGUAUUCUAAAGGAACAUUUGCUUUUCUUCCUGAUGAUUUUUUUUUUAAAUAGGUAUUUUCAUUAGAUAAACCUGAUUCCAUUUAAAAUAUGAAAUGCUGGUUUACAUACAUCCUUAUUUAGUACUUUGGCAAUCUAUUAUAAGAGCCAAUGAGAAUUUCAUUCUUUAAAAAGAAUAAAGAGAAAAAACCUCUUUAGUUUAAGUUUGUUUAUUGUGGCAACAUUGUUUUGAACAUCAAUAAACAUUGCACCAAAGUGUAGGUUAUUUACCUAAAGACAGUCCAGUCUUUACAAAGACCACUGUACUGGCAUAUUCACAGAGUUGAUAAUUUAACACUAACUUAUUAGUGAUUGUGUAGUUUAACAAUCAACUAUUUCACAUGUUCUCAAUUAAUAAUGAAAUAGAAAGUAUUAAGAGUUCUGCUGACCCUCACCCGAAAAACAAACCAAAAUGCAGCUUUCAUCUGGAGAUAAUUAACACUUUAAAAAAAAAGGUGAAGCAGAGUUUCAUCCUACUUAGCAGGAUUUAACAUAGGAAACAAAACAUUGAGGCAAAAGUGACAAUUCAAAAUCAUCUAAAAUUCACUAGACACUUUUAAUGUUUCAUAAUGAAGUUGUAAUUCAGUUUCUUAUUUUUAAACUCCUCCUUCAAAUGUCGAGGAGUCUAUUUCUAGGAGACCUGAAUACAAUGUCAAAUGCAUCUUUUUACCCAUUUGGCUUACAAUUGCCAGAAGUUAUGUAAUUUAGUUGAUUUAAGUGUUAAGACUUUUCCAGUUGAAGACUUUAUGUUCUAGAGACAGUAUAAUGAUGUCACGAGGCUAAGAACACAUGAUCCAGCAUCACACCUGCAC